AUGAAUAAACAAAAUUUACCUCAGGAAAAAUCUUUGGAUAUGGAUGUUAACCAUAAUCAACAUCUAAACAUGACUGAAAAAUCUUUGGAUAUGGAUGUUAACCAUGAUCAACAUGUGAACAUAACUGAAGAUACAACAUAUACCAAGUAUGCUCAUGCAAAUAAGUUUAGUGCAUUAUCGGACGAUUCUUCAGAUACUGAGGUUGAAUUUGUAGAAGUACAAAGUAGAAAAAGAAGAAAAUCCCAAUCAACCCAAUUUAAUCUACCCAAAUCUAUAAAUCCCAAUUCAUCAACUGCAAAAACCAACAGUAAAAUGCCGCCAAUUAUAGUGAGAGACAAAUUGCCGCACAUUAACUAUUUUAAAGACUUGAGAAACAUUACAAGUGAACAUACUAUAAUACAGUAUAGAAGUCCUAAUAAUUCUGCAAUAUAUACAUUCAAUGACAAGGACCAUGAUGUAAUAAUGAAAAAAUUAACUGCUGAUAAGUUACAAUAUUAUACUUAUCCUAAAUCGAAUUUAAAUAAAAUAAAACUGGUAUCAAAAGGCAUUCCACCUUUUGUUGAAAAAGAAGAAAUAAUUGAUUACUUACAAAAUAAAGGAAUCAAAACUAGAAAUAUAAUUCAAAUGACUAAAACAGUAGAGAAAUCUAAAUAUAAACUGCCUAUACAUAUAAUUAUACUAGAACCCGAACAGAAUAUUAACGAUAUUAAAAGACUAAACCAUGUCAUGGGAUAUAAAGUUACAUGGAAAAAAUUAAUUUCAAGUGGCAACAAUAUUUUACAGUGUUACAGAUGUCAGAAUUUUGGUCAUACAUCUGCGUACUGUAACCUUAAAUUUAGAUGUGUGAAAUGCAGAAGUGAUCAUCAACCUGGAAAAUGCGAGAAACGUGUUGAUCAAGCACCCGAAUGUGUAAACUGCGAUUACAAUUCUAGACACGAGUUUUGGAAUUGUAUCAACAAAAACUCUAACGGUAAAAAACUAUAUAAGUUUCUAAGUGAUGAUAUUAAUUCUGUUACAUUGCAUUAUACUGUUUCUCCGACCAGAUUUCCUGUAAAUGAACUCCAAACAUCAUCUAUUAUUGAUCUAGCUUUAACUAAAAAUAUUUACACAAAUUAUUUACCAUUUACUAUAACAGAAACUAAUUCAGAUCAUAAUCCUGUUAUACUACCUAUACCAUACAAUAGCAUACAAAAUUACACAAAUCCACAUUAUAAUAUGAAGUACAAUUUUAAAGAGGCAAACUGGAAUAAAUUUCGAUCCUAUAUAAAUGAAAAUAUUAUGAUUAAUAAAACCAUUAAUAACACCAAAGAAAUUGAUGAAUCAAUUACGUGCUUAACAAAUAACAUUCACACGGCGAUGAAUAAGUUUAUUCCUAAAAUAGAGGACGUGAUAAAUUCUCCGCCUGCAGAGAAUAAAUACAUAAAACUAAAGGAGGAAUUAAUCAAAAGGCUAUCAAUUUCCGAACGGCAAAGGAUAAGACAAUUACUUUUGCAAGAAGAACUUGGUGAUCGAAGUCCUUCUCAGUUCUUACGUCACCUUCGUUCAUUGGUCGGAACAACUACAGUCGACAAUUCACUCCUACGAGAAAUCUGGAUUCAACGACUACCGGUACAGACUCAAUAA